AUGCAAUGUACGGACGGUGUAACAAGAUGCAAUGUACAACCUGAUGUAGAGGAUAGUUCAUUGGCUGAUAUAAUUGACCAAGUUGUUACAGAACAGAACGAAUUCGCGCCAGAGUCUGAUGUCGAUAAUUCUGAAUUGGUUAGAUCUGCCAUAACUAAGGAAUUCCGGGAGAAAAAUGUUCGGUUAACUCCAAAAGGGUUGUCAACGACGAUAUUUUCUUCAUCAUUAGUUUUUCCGACGAUAGGACAUGAUGGAACGACGUGCAUGAGGAAGAAUGUUACUCCUUCAUCAGCAAUAUAUGACCCUCUAGCACCUGUUGAUCCGGUGAUAUUGGAGAAACUUAUGCAACACAUCAAGGCAUUUCCACCCAAACCACCAGCACCACCAGGUAAAAAAGAAGUACUAACAACUGAUCAUGAGAGUGACUUCUACAGCAUACUCAUCCAUGAGAGACCGUGGCCGGAGGAUGAGUAUGGAUGGUUGUUUGAUAAUCAUGUCGUGGCGUAUAUGAACGUCCUCAUUAAAAGGUCCAUGCGAGAGCCCACUCUAUUCUGGUCCAAGCGGAUUGCCUUCGUUGACCUUUGGUGGCAAAGUUUUUUGCUUCACGAUUACACUCAGUUCAAGAUGAAACCCACAAUGUUCUUGUUCAAAGGCAAUGGUUAUGAACAUAUGAUAAAUGGUAGGAUUCCCGAUCAUUCUCGAACAAACCUGAAGGGGUAUGAAGAUGUGGAUCACUUGUACGGAUGUCUUCAAACCGGCGGAAAUCACUGGGUUGCGUAUCACAUUUAG